CCCAGGCUGCAUUGAUAUGCACAGCAGAGGGAGCUGGGGAUGCCGGCUGCCUUUGGAGUGGAGCAGCAGGAGCAUCAGUGGUGGAGCUACACUUCCCUCAACAACACACACUCUUCACACAGCUCACGGCACAUCACGCAGGAGGGCGAUUUACUCUGUCACUCUUCUUUACUCUCUUCAUCCUUUUCUUCUCUGCUUCACAAAGUGAAUGAACUAGUCUCUUAGUUUUGAUGCUGAAGUCGCAGACAUUGAAUGCCAUCUGAAACUCUCUGCCAGAGGAAAGCAAUUUGGAUUGAAGUUUUCACAAUGUGUCGGUGCUGUGGAGGAAAGAAAAAACUUUCUCUGACUUGUUAAUGGAGACAGAACAGAUUAAAAGAGAGAUCAUUCUGAGCAUCCUUUCCACUCCUUCGCUCUCUUUUAAUUAUCUUUAACUCAGAUUUAUCUCACAAGAAGAAGAAGAAGAAAUGAUGUGGAGAAGGACACGAGCUGUGCUAAAGAAACUGAUGACAGCUAAACACAGGGACAAGUGAAAUGAAACAGGGCAGGAAAUUACAGAUCUGCCUUGGGGAGCAAACAAACACAGGGACCCUGAAAGUGGACACAUCUUUCACACUGGAACCUCUUCACAGAUACAGAAUGAGUGGAGUUAACUUGUGUUCUAGUUGCCUGGGAUGUCUUCACAGUCCAAGAAGGCAAUCCCCCCCAGCAUGCCCAGUGCUAUGUUCCUCCUGAUGCCGUGCAAGGUCUGUCUGAGAAGGCAACUGCAGACUACUUCAGAGAAAAUGGUAAACACUUCUCACGGUGAUGAGGAAAAAGGAAUUCAAGACAAGGAAAGCAAGGAGGAAACCAUUUUGGCCAUGCUAGGCAUUAUUGGGACUAUCCUCAACUUGGUUGUUAUCAUCUUUGUGUACAUCUACACAACACUGUAAACUACAGUACUGCUGUGAGGAGCAGCAAUACAGAACUUCAUAAUGUUUCAUGCCAAAAUGUUCAGUCUGGAAACUCACAUUACUGACUGCCAGAAAGAUCACAGACAUCUCCGACUGUACGGACAAUACAACGUUAGUCUCCCCCAGAGGCUCCGGAGACGACUGUGGGGCAGCAAUUCCCUUACUGUCUGCAUCAGAGGACAUCGAUGAGAACUUUAUUAUUUGUAAAAAUUUACUACUUUCUCCAGUCUGUGAUCAGCAAUUAAAUGCUUGCAUGCCAGAGUGGAUACGGGAAUUUCUAUGUAUAUACAGUUUAUAAAAUGUUUAUGAGAAAAUUGAUAUGACAUUACUGAAAACUUAAAGUGAGCUGAUGUACAGGACUUUUUCAUGCACUCCUUUUCAGGAAUUUGCAAGUUUUACACUAACUGGCUUGGUUGUUGUUGUUUUUUUUAACAAGUAUUUUGUUAACCUUGAUUAAAUCCUGUCACUUUGUAGUGUUAUAAUGAAAGUUUAAAAAAGAAUCAGUUCAGGAUAUUUGCAAUACCAUUUAUAACGAUAUGUUUAUGAUAAUGAUAUCUUGCAGUAGCUCAAGUUUGACAUUGAAAAAGUCCAGUGUUCUGAACUGAAGCUCAGUUCUACAACUGAAUUCAACUACAUUUUCAGCAGAUUUAUUCAUGUAUAUUCAUGUGUUAUAUUAUAUUUAAUAGAUUUAUUUGACAAAGUUUCUGUAGGACAGGGAUAACCCAAGUAGGAUGAAGUAAUGUGUGUGAACACUGAAAUGCACUAUUGAUUUUUAACUAUGAAGACCUGGCAAAAUGCAUUAUUUUGUGUUACUCUACCUAACUGUGCAAUAUCCUUCAAGGUAUAUAAUAUAGUAUAUAUUGCCUUAAAUGACAAACAUCAGUUUCCAUAUCUAUGUCUGCAUCACAACCAUUUCUUAUGCAGACAGAAGUUUAUCUUGUUUUCCUUGGCAAGGCAUACCUUUUCCCAAGAAAGUAAUCUUGCUUUAAAUUAAUUCUUAACUUAAAACAUAUUUCCACAGAACUGUGGCAAAUAAAACAUUUGAAUGAAAGUUAAAGAAUUUCAUCCAAAAACCUCUUCUCCAUACAAAUGUGUAAUCGAAAUAAGAUUAAAUUAAGACCAGUUAAUAUAUAGUAUUAUUGUGAAACAAGCAUAGAUAACAAAAGCACAAUGCUAUAUAUUAAUAAAUAUAAUGUACACCAAUCAGCCAUAACAUUAAAACCACUAACAGUUGACAUGAAUAACAUUGAUUAUCUCGUUACAAUGGCACCUGUCAAUGGGUGUACAUCGCUUACCUGUAGAAGAGAUAGCACCAGGACACAUUAUGUGAAGAAGAAAAGCCGGCAAAAAUUGUUCAGGAAUGGUUUGAGGAACAUGACAAAGAGUUCAUGGUCUUGACUUGGCCGCCAAAUUCUCCAGAUCUCAAUCCAAUCAAGCAUCUGAGGGAUGUGCUGGACAAACACGUCCGAUCAAUGAAGAUCCCACCUCACAACUUACAGGACUUAAAGGAUCUGCUGCUAACGUCUUGGUGCCAGAUACCACAGCACACCUUCAGAGUCCAUGCCUCAAUGGGUCAGAGCUGUUUUGAUGGCACAAGGGGGACCUACACACUAUUAGGCAGGUGGUUUUAAUGUUAUGGCUGAUUGGUGUAUAUACAUUAUGUAUGCAUUUUCUUCUUAUAUGAAACUCUUUUGUCACUUAAUGAAGUGCCUGCAUUUCGUAAGACAUUCAGAACACCUGCUCAUUUACUUGUCUCCAAAAUCUAUCAGCUUUAUUAGAUAUUUAUUCAGUUAUAGCUCAUUCCACUGAUUAAUCCACAUAUAGGUGUUUGUAGUGUUAGGUUAAUUUACCAAUGUAGCGUUACAAAUAGCAGUACAGCAUUUUAAAAACAACAAAAACACAUUGUACUUUGUAAAUUUUUCAAAUUUAAAAACUUGUAGGUAUAUUUCAGAAUUUUUAUAAAAAUACUUAUUCAGCACACAAUUGUCUGUCCUUUAAAGUGCAAAAAGAUCAUACUCUCAUUUGGCAUUCAUGUUUCAAUUUAGAUUUAAAAAUUCAGACUAUGUACUCUUUCAUAUUCAUGAGUUCAAACUUCUAAUUUCACAUGUUUCCUGUGAAAGGAGACAAUCAAAUUAUCUGAUUGAUAUACCUGUUGGUGUAUCUGUUUAUGUAACAUUAAAACUCAACUACAUUUUAGUAAAAAAAAAUAUAUGUAGUCAUUCUUCAAUUAUAAAUGCUAUGAAUGUUUCUCAUUUCUUUUAUUAAAAAUAGGUCUGAUUAUAGCCAUGACGUUAAACCAAGGUAUGCUGAUAUGAAUGAGACUUUCUAUAUACUAUAUACAUGCAUAAAGUCAUAUUUCUGUCUGAUAUGAAAUUAAGUAUAGAAAAAUGUAUUCAUGGUAAAGCAGUAACAACAAUGGAGCAGAAACUACA